UUCGUAGCAGAGCUAGUAAUAUAUAGGUUUCUAGUCUAUAUAUAUAUGCCCCCAGCUGCUGCCAUCUGCGACCACAAUCUGAACACCUGUGUGCUUGCUGUUGGUGCCGUUGCCAAUUUGCGAUCGGGAGACACAUUUAAACCCCGGGUUGGUCGAUCCCUGGCGGCCGGCGGCGCAGAGAACUUGGAGAGAAAGAGAGGGAGAAGAAUUUCUCUAUCUGCUUCUGUUGGUGUGAGACUUGGUUGGGAGGCCGGAGAAGGGGGAAGAGAGGAGCAUGGCGGCGGCGGAGCACGGGGGAGGGGCGGCGGGGGUGUGCGCGGCGCCGAUGCAGGCGACGUCGCACGGGGCGUUCCAGGGGGACAACCCGCUGGACUACGCGCUGCCGCUCGCCAUCCUGCAGAUCUGCCUCGUCGUCGUCGUCACCAGGGGGCUCGCCUACCUCCUCCGCCCGCUCCGCCAGCCCCGCGUCAUCGCCGAGAUCAUCGGAGGAGUUCUGCUGGGUCCGUCGGCGCUGGGCCGGAGCAACAAGUUUCUGAACGCCGUGUUCCCGAAGAAGAGCCUGCCGGUGCUGGACACGCUGGCCAACCUCGGCCUGCUCUUCUUCCUGUUCCUCGUCGGCCUCGAGCUCGACAUCUCCGCCAUUCGCCGUACCGGCAAGAAGGCCCUCGCCAUCGCCCUCGCCGGCAUCUCCCUCCCAUUCGCGCUCGGCAUCGGCACGUCGUUCGCGUUCCGUGCCACAAUCGUCAAGGGUGCCCCGCAGGGGCCGUUCCUCGUCUUCAUGGGCGUCGCGCUCUCCAUCACCGCCUUCCCUGUCCUCGCCCGCAUCCUCGCCGAGCUGAAGCUUCUGACCACUGACCUUGGCCGCAUGGCGAUGUCGGCCGCGGCGGUCAACGACGUCGCUGCCUGGAUCCUGUUGGCGCUCGCCGUCGCGCUCUCAGGUUCCGGCUCGCCCAUCGUUUCUCUCUGGGUGCUCCUCACCGCCACCGGCUUUGUCAUUGCCGUUAGCGUGUUGCUCCGGCCGGUGUUGGCGUGGAUGGCUAACCGGUCCCCCGAGGGCGAGCCGGUCAAGGAGAUCUACAUAUGCGCCACCCUUGCCAUCGUCCUCGCCGCUGGCUUCGCCACCGACGCCAUCGGCAUCCAUGCGCUGUUCGGCGCGUUCAUUGUCGGCAUCGUCGUCCCCAAAGAAGGGCCUUUCGCCGGCGUGCUCAUCGAGAAGACGGAGGAUCUCAUAUCGGGGCUCUUCCUGCCACUCUACUUUGUCUCGAGCGGCCUCAAGACGAACGUGGCCACCAUCCAGGGAGCCAAGUCCUGGGGCCUGCUGGUGCUGGUGAUUGCCAACGCCUGCAUUGGCAAGAUCGGCGGCACGGUGAUCGCGUCCCUGGUCGUCAAGAUCCCCGUCAGGGAGGCUGUCACGCUGGGUUUCCUGAUGAACACCAAGGGCCUCGUGGAGCUCAUCGUCCUCAACAUCGGCAAGGACCGCAAGGUGCUGAACGACGAGUCGUUCGCCAUCAUGGUGCUCAUGGCGCUCUUCACCACCUUCGUGACCACCCCCGUCGUCAUGGCCAUCUACAAGCCGGCGCGGCCCUCGGCGCCGUACAAGCGGCGCACCGUGGAGUGCGGCUCCGCCGACGCCGACAGCGAGCUCCGUGUCCUGGCCUGCUUCCACAGCAGCCGCAACAUCCCCACGCUGCUCAACCUCGUGGAGUCGUCCCGCGGCACGGGCCGGAGCCGGCUCGCCAUGUACGCCAUGCACCUCGUCGAGCUCUCGGAGCGGUCGUCGGCCAUCACGCUCGUGCAGCGCGCUCGCCGCAACGGCAUGCCGUUCUUCAGCAACAGCACCGGCGGGAGCGGCAAGGAGGAGCAGAUGGUGGUGGCGUUCGAGGCGUUCCAGCAGCUGAGCGCCGUGCGGGUGAACCCGAUGACGGCCAUCUCCGACCUGGACACCAUCCACCGGGACGUGAUCGACAGCGCCGCCGAGAAGCGCGCCGCCAUCGUGAUCAUGCCCUACCACAAGAUGCUCCAGCACGACGGCUCCUUCCACUCGCUGGGGUCGGCGUACCACGCCGUGAACAAGCGCGUGCUCCGUGAGGCCCCCUGCUCCGUGGCCAUCCUCGUCGACCGGGGCCUCGGCGGCCACGCCCAGGUGUCCGCCAAGAACGUGGCGUUCUCCGUCUCCGUGCUCUUCUUCGGCGGCGCCGACGACCGGGAAGCGCUGGCGUACGCGACGCGCAUGGCGGAGCACCCUGGCGUCGCCGUCACGCUGACACGGUUCAGCCGCAGCCGCCCGCAGUCCGAAGAAGAGACCGCCGCCGACGAGGCGGCCGUGGAGCAGUUCAAGUCGAAGCUGCGUGCCCACGGCGCGAACGACGACGGGUCGGUGAGGUUCGAGGAGCCGGAGUCCGGGGACGCCAAGGAGGCCAUCAACGCGCUGUCCAAGUGCAACAUGUUCGUGGUGGGCCGGAUGCCGCCGACGGAGCCCCUGGUGGAGCGCGCCGAGGAGCUGGGCCCCGUGGGGAGCUACCUGGCGUCGCCGGAGCUCAAGACGUCGGCGUCCGUGCUGGUGAUCAAGCGGUACGACCCGGCGACGAACCCGGGCAGCAAGCGGUUCGACCCCAAGGCCCGGCCGCCCGUCGCCACGGACGUCGACGAGGAGGCCGGCGGCAGCGGCAGAGCCAGCGUCGUGCCCGUGCCGUGGACGCCCACCCACGACGACAACAACAACUGAUGGAAUCUCAGAGCUGCAGGCGAUAGAAUCGGCAUAUGCAUCGAGAUUGGUUGUAGAAUCGAACUAGCCCCUCGGUCGAUCGUCGCCGUUGGAUCACUUGUAUCGGUGUGUCUGGUAACUCUGGUCUCGUGUUAAGUUAAGUUAUAAUGCGCGCGCCUUCUUACAGUGACUGCGAAACUAGGAUGCGAUGAAGUGUACAUAAUCAAUCGUGUUGCCUUCCCUCAAAAAAAUCGUGUUGCCUUCGUUUGGACACAUGCUGCUGUACUGUAUGUACGUCGAGGCACCACUGCCGUUUUUAUCUUGUUCAA